GAAGGGACGGCGGCCAUUUUGUGCGGUGCUGGGUCGCUGCUGAGAGCGGCGGGCGGGAGGCAGGCAGGCGAGCGCCGGGCCGGCGGGCAGCAGGGCGAGGCGAGGGCCGCAUUGCCGCUGAGAGGCGAUGGCGGAUAUAGACAAGCUCAACAUCGACAGCAUCAUCCAACGGCUGCUGGAGGUGAGGGGUUCAAAACCAGGUAAAAACGUCCAACUUCAAGAGAAUGAAAUUAGAGGACUGUGCUUGAAAUCCAGAGAAAUAUUUCUCAGUCAGCCUAUUCUACUAGAACUUGAAGCCCCACUUAAAAUAUGUGGUGACAUCCAUGGACAAUACUAUGACUUACUUCGACUCUUUGAAUAUGGAGGUUUUCCACCAGAAAGCAACUAUCUAUUUCUUGGUGACUACGUUGAUAGAGGAAAACAGUCUUUAGAAACAAUUUGUCUCUUAUUGGCCUACAAAAUCAAAUAUCCUGAGAAUUUUUUCCUUCUUAGAGGGAACCAUGAAUGUGCCAGCAUUAAUAGAAUUUAUGGAUUUUAUGAUGAAUGUAAAAGAAGAUAUAACAUUAAGCUGUGGAAAACUUUUACAGACUGUUUUAACUGUUUACCAAUUGCAGCCAUUGUGGAUGAGAAAAUAUUCUGCUGUCAUGGAGGCCUGUCGCCAGACCUUCAGUCAAUGGAACAGAUUCGGCGAAUUAUGCGCCCCACUGAUGUACCAGAUCAGGGUCUUCUUUGUGAUCUGCUAUGGUCUGACCCUGACAAAGACGUCUUAGGAUGGGGUGAAAAUGACAGAGGAGUGUCCUUCACAUUUGGUGCUGAAGUGGUUGCAAAGUUUCUCCAUAAACAUGAUUUGGAUCUUAUAUGUAGAGCUCAUCAGGUGGUUGAAGAUGGGUAUGAGUUCUUUGCAAAAAGGCAAUUGGUAACUCUGUUUUCUGCCCCAAAUUACUGUGGAGAAUUUGACAAUGCUGGUGCCAUGAUGAGUGUGGAUGAAACUCUAAUGUGCUCUUUUCAGAUUUUGAAACCUGCAGAGAAAAAGAAGCCUAAUGCUAGCAGACCUGUAACGCCACCAAGGGGUAUGAUCACAAAACAAGCAAAGAAAUAGUAAAUUUGGUACUGCCUAGUUGGGACUUGUAUUAUAGUAUAUAACCUCCAUUUUUAAAACUGUAACGUGUACUGUUCAGCUUGCUCAAAAUAGAUAACGUGUUUGUGGUUUUUCAUUUUGAUUUAAUGAAUGGCAUUUGCUGGUUGUAACAGCAAAUGAAAGACUUUUCUCCCUUCCCAAGAAGAGUUUUUAAAACUUCCCUUAUGUCGGUGUUACAGCUGUACACUCCACAGCAUCUUAUCCUGUCAUUAUGGGUAAUUGUACAACUGACUUUUUUGAAUCUGUACAAUGAGUAGUGUAAAUGCUUGUUUUCUUCUUUAGGAACUAAAGAGGGCACUAGUGUGCUGUGAGAUUAGAAAUUUGUUACUGUCUGAAGUUACAUACUGUUUAUACAAACCACUGUGAACUUUUUUUACUUUAAAAAUUUGUUUUAAAGGGAUUGCUUUUCUUUUAAUGUCUUGUCAUGUACACAUUAGUUUUAUUGCUGUCAACAUAAGAAAUAAUCUUCAACCUGACCAGCAUCACUGGUAUGAUGUAUAUUUAAUUAAAGCACACUUCCCCUCCCAUAUGCUUUAAAUGAAAAUUAAAGCCAUUAUUUUAAA